AUGACUCGUACUGUUUCGACAAACUCUGAGGGUGUUCCCACAUAUUGGGGCACCUCAGGCAGACCCCUUCAGAUGCUCAUUACCGCCGUCGCUACUACCGACUUCCUUCUCUUCGGUUACGAUCAGGGUGUCAUGUCUGGUAUCAUCGAAUCCGACGCUUUCCUCGAGGAUUUCCCUGAGGCAGGCUGGGGCAGCACAUGGCAAGGCUUCAUCGUCUCCAUCUACGCUGUCGGCUGUCUGUUCGGUGCUAUCUUUAUUCUCACACUCGGUGACAAGCUCGGUCGCCGCAAGUCUAUCUUCAUUGGUGCCUCGGUUAUGAUCAUCGGUGUUAUUAUCCAAAUUUGCUGCGUUGGCACCAGUUCAGGAAGCACGGCACAAUUUAUCGUCGGACGAUUUAUCACUGGUCUCGGAAAUGGUAUUAACACAUCGACAAUCCCCACCUACCAAGCCGAGUGCUCCAAGGCCUCUAACAGAGGCAAGGUCAUCUGUAUCGAGGGUGGUAACGUUGCCGUCGGCACGCUUAUCGCUUACUGGAUCGAUUAUGGCUGCACCUACGGUCCUCACAACCUCGUCUGGCGUUUCCCUAUCGCCUUCCAGAUCUUCUUCGCUCUCAUCGUCCUCAUCAUCAUGACAAGAUUGCCUGAGUCGCCUAGAUGGUUGCUUUCACACGACAGACAAGACGAGGCUGGAGUUAUCCUGGCAGCUCUUCAAUCCAAGCCCGCUGAUGAUCCCGAGGUCAAGCUUGAGACUGGCAUCAUCCUCGACUCCAUCAAGGCCGCCGGCGGUUUCGGCGAAAAGACUUCCAUCAAGGUCCUUUUCACUGGUGGCAAGACUCAGCACUUCCGUCGUAUGAUGCUCGGUGCUGGAUCCCAGUUCAUGCAACAAUUGUCUGGUUGCAAUGCUGUCAUCUACUACUUCCCCGUUCUGUUCCGUGACUCCAUCGGCACUACCAAGAACCUGUCGCUCUUGCUCGGCGGUAUUAACAUGGUCGUUUACUCGCUUUUCGCCUGUACUUCGAUGUUCCUCGUUGAGCGUGUUGGACGCAGAAAGCUCUUCCUCUACGGUACCGUCGGCCAGUGUCUGUCCAUGGUUCUCGUCUUCGCCUGUCUCAUCCCCGGUGAUGCCCAAUCCGCCAAGGGUGCCGCCGUCGGUCUCUUCACAUACAUCGGCUUCUUCGGUGCCACCUGGCUUCCUCUGCCCUGGCUCUACCCUGCUGAGAUCAACCCUCUCAAGACCCGUGCAAAAGCCAACGCUCUCUCGACCGUAUCGAACUGGCUGUGGAACUUUUUCAUCGUCAUGAUCACCCCUGUGUUGAUUGACAGCAUCAGCUGGGGUACCUACCUCUUCUUCGCCAUUCUCAACGCUCUCUUCUUCCCUGUUCUGUGGUUUUACUACCCCGAGACGUCCGGCCGAACGCUUGAAGAGAUUGAUCUCAUCUUCGCGAAGGGUUAUCUCGAGAAGAUGAACUACGUUACCGCCGCCAACGAACUUCCCGCUAUGAACCCCGACGAGAUCGAUGCCAAAGCUCGCGAGUACGGCUUCAUCUCCUCUGACGACGAGGCCGGCCAGGUCAAGGAUGCCCACUUCGGCGAGAAGGAAGGCGAUCUGGCUUACAACGGCGGUGGCCAGAUGGCCUAA